AGUGUGGGAGGGAGUGUUUCACGCAUGCGCAUCAAAGCCUCUGCUCCUCGCCAGCGGAAACUGAGUUCUGGAAAACAAAGGCAGUGAUCCACGGCUGGAAUAUCUCAUCUUUCAUCCUUAAUGGAGGAAAUAGACUUAUGACAAUCAAUACUUCUGUGCUUUGAGAAGUGAAACAACAGGACUCUCCUCGUUGUUUAUGCUGUUUGUAUGUGAAUGAGGCUCCACGACUCGCCGACUGUAAGUCUCCACAUCUGCUUGAGAAUCCACAGGUUCCUUCUCAUCGCUUGAUUCUUGUCCAUUCUUGUUUUUUUGUCUGGAUUGUUCUGGAUCAAAGGACUGAUGUUGUGAAGGACUGUCUUUUUUUUCUAUCGAGUUGCUGUCACGGACUCGUUUGCUUUACUGACUGGAGGAAGCAAUGAAGUUAGUUCUUUGUAAAUCGACGAUAAACUGUGAGUCAUAGGGUUCCAGUUACUUCCAUGCUGGUGACGAUUUUAUUGCCUCGUUUCUGCUACUUUUUUCUUCCUUCAGUGGUCUAAAAUCCUGCCUCUGUGUGGAUUUCAAGUCGUGAGGAGUUCUAAGCUGAACCUGCGCGUGCGUCUUUGGAAAAGAGGCUCUGUCCGUGGUCCUGAAGUCAAAUUAUUAACUUCUGCCAACUUAGAGGUUUCUCCAAACAGCAACGUUUAGAGGGACACUUGACACCAGAAGCUCCAGAAAGAGCUUAAUAUGGUAACUCAAACCAGAGUUAAUCUGCAAACUUUGGUAUUUUUGUUUUUUCUUGUCCACCCAAGCCAGCCAGUAUGUGUGGAUGUCCCGUCAGGCACAGAAGCAGUCCUGGGGAAGUCCAUGAAGCUGAGCUGCAUCGCCUGUAUGAAACGAGAGGAGAUCAAAGCAAAGACACGCGUGGAUUGGUACUACAUGCCAAACCAAGAGAACUACAUGCCCUUCGAGAAAACUCAUAUAUACAAGUAUGAGGAUGAUACUCCAAAAGCACUGGAUGGACCAUUUAAGGGUCGCCUGUUCUGGAAUGGGAGCCAGGACCUGCAAGAUGUCUCCAUUAUGAUAAUCAAUGUCACCUACAAUGACAGCGGUGUUUAUGAGUGCCAUGUGUUUCGAGAGUAUGAGUUUGAAUCCUUCACUCCCUCUGUCUUCCUCAUCAAGGACAUCAAGCUAAAGGUGAAACAACAAGCAAGUCGAGACACCACAGCGCUCUACUCUGAGAUCAUGAUGUAUGUGCUGCUGGUGUUCUUGACCUUAUGGCUGGUGGUGGAAAUGGUCUACUGCUACCGGAAGAUCUCCAAGUCUGAUGAGCAGGUGCAAGACACAGCGAAACAUCAGACAGGGCAAUUUAGGAGGAAUCAAGAGGCAGAGAGAGCAGCACAGAAGCAGGGAUAGAGUUGGACAGGUAUUAAUCAAUCAAGUUGGAUCUUCUCUUGCCUCACUGAAGGAAUCAUUUCUCCUAGUCUGACAUGGGAAUCCUGCCGACCAACCUCCCCUGUGUAUCGACCGAGUCUUGUGAAGAGCCAGUCAAAAGUGUCAAAGCGCUCAAUUUUUUCUCCUUCUUUUCCUCUCAUUAUUUUUGUUCUACCUUUGUGCCAGGCAUCCGCAAUCAAGUGCUUUCACAACUACAGCAGGUUAAUUGACAAAAUGUCACUGUUUGCACUUAUUAUCAGAUAAAUACCAGCUUUGCUUCAUAUGGACCUGCCAGUGUUUAGAAUUGCUGAAAAAAAAGUAGUUAUUGGUGCCUCUGUGAUUAUUUUUUUUUUUACAUAUAAACAAACAAAAUUUUAGAAAGACACUAUCCUACUGCUGUUACAUACAGCUUCUAUACUGACUCUGUAGUAUUGCUUAGUUUAUUUUGUUGAAUUAAAAUUUUAUAGGCCACGCUGACAAUUUGUGUCACAAUUUUAUUUGUAUCUGGCAAUAUCUUUUUGAUGCAUUUUUAUGGAAGACAAUUUUAGAGCUUUUAUACCUUGUGCAGUUCUCUGUUUUUCUGUGUGCAGCACGUGAACCACUAUGUAAAUGAAAAAUUAGAUGGAACUCUACCAAGUCAUUUCACUCCAGUUGCUGUUGACUCUGCUUGAGAUCGUUCCUAUAAUCUCCUACUUCUUUAAGUGUUCAAUCUGUGUUCAGCUCUGUCAACAGAGUACUGGUCAAGUCUCUCAAUUCAUAUUGUUACUCUCAAUUUUAUUCCCAAGUUGUGACUGUUGCUGGUGUUUUACAGUAGCAUUGCUAUUAAAACUAAAUGUGUGCCUAACUCUACAAUACACUACUGUAGAAAUGUUUAUAUUUAGUGAUUCAAUCAUACCAUGCUGUUCUUUGCCCCUUUAGAUAUUGCUCCUGUGUGAGUGUGCUGCUUUUGAACUAUUAAACACAAUGCAUUUCACA